AUGGCAUAUGGCAAAAAACAGCGCAGUGCUAGGCUGGUGAAUUUAGCUCUUAAUCAAAUAGAUACAGAUAACAGCUCCCUGAACACUUCAAAUAGACGGGUUUCAAAUACUACAGCUUGUGGUUCUAGUCAAAGAUUGGGGCAGAAACGAGCAAGGUCUUUGUCAGCACAAUUUCAAAGUACAUCUGAAUUUAGGUCUGAUUCAUAUAAUUCCUCCACAUCACAGGCUCAAACAUUUUAUCAUUCUCAUAAGAAACGAGCCAGAUCUGUUUCAACACAUGUCAAACCGGCAUCUAAUAUAGAAUCUCUAAAUUCAUCACAAGAGGGUAUACUUUUGCCAUCAAUAUCCACUGACCAAAAUUGGACCAGGAGACGAGCAAAGGUAUUAUCAACACAUUUUGAAUGUGAGACUCAUACAGAAUCUUGCAAUGCAUUAGACCAUGCAGAAUCUAUAAUUCACAAUAUUCAGCAUUCAAAAAGGGAUCCUUCGCCUCAUUUAAAAAAACUGGAAUUGUCCAUUCCUAUUUUCCAUGAAUCUACUGUAAGAGAAUUCGUGCAAUCUGCAAUGCAAUUUACAUCAACAUCUGGCCCAUUACGAAGUUAG